GUUUCUUCUUCCCGGUGUCAUGGCUUCUGAGAAGCUCUACCCGACAUAUCUCCGGCGCAAACCACCAAGUCCAAUAUUUCCAUCACCAACAUCCCACCGCAUCACAAUUCCAUCUCCCACAAUGCGCCUCCUGCCACGGCCACUCGCCCCCGGGCGCCUGUCCCCUCUUCGACUGAGCCGCCAAUAUUCCUCCGGUCACACCGUUCAAGAAAAUGACGUCCUCUUCCUCCGCCAACAGGGCACAAACUUCCCCCGUUGGCACCUCACCGCACCCCUCCGCCCCGAAUCCCGUGUCCGCCUCGCAUACGGUGCCUCCGUCAACGCCUCGGAUCUCAUCGGCCGCAGUCUCCUCGACGUGGUCCCCGACUCCUCCGGCCGCGAUGUCGUCCUGCACGAGCCGUCCAUGGCGACCUACAUCCUCAACAGCGCGCGGCAGGCCACGCCGAUCUACCCGCAUGACGCAAACACCAUCGUCUCACUGCUGGACCUGAACCUCCCGCGACCUGGAGAGGACGGCGAAGACUCCAAUGCCCCGCCGUUCGAGAUCUUCGAGGCUGGCACUGGCAUGGGUAGCUUGACCCUCCACAUCGCCCGCGCUCUCCACGCCGCCAACCCAUCCACUACACCAGCGCUUCGCAACUCCCUCUGCACAGCGCACUACCGGCCGCACGAUUUCGGGCUUGACCUCACCCCCGAGGACCAGGCUGCUUUCAACAGCUACCGCGCAUCCCGCCGUGCCGUCCUCCACACACUCGAUCGCAAUCCCAAGCACUCGCGGGCCGCACACAAGCUGAUUCGGCAGUUCCGCCGCUCUCUGUAUUUCCCCACCAUCGACUUCCACGUCGGCUCUAUAGACGAAUACCUCUCGGAGCGUCUCGCUCAGUCUGGUGGCACGCCCUUCUUCUCACACGCCAUCCUCGACCUCCCCUCCGCUCAUGAAAAUGCCGUUCCUGUCAUCCAAGCCCUGAAGCCCAAUGGCCUCCUCAUUCUCUUCAAGCCCUCCAUUAGCCAGAUUGGCGACUUCCAGACCUGGAUGAAGCGCACCGACCAGCCUGUGCGUUUGGAGAGAGUUAUAGAGCUUCCCGUCUCAACAACGGCCGAUGGCGUCCGAGACAAUGGCGGCGGUCGGGAGUGGGAUGUUAAGACGGUUAUUCCGAGAGGGGCUGAAGCCGAUGCCCAGCCGGUCCAGGUCAUGCGUCCCAAGGUUGGCGACCGAGUUGUCGGUGGUGGAUUCGUUGCUCUUCUGCGGCGGUAUCACGCCAAGGCUUCACCGGAAGCCGAGCCUGUCGAGGAGGAGGUGACACCUCAGGCGAUACCGGACAUCUAAAUCGUAGGGUUCAUCUGAAGCCCAACACAAACUCCUAAGAAUGCGUCUAUGAAGACGCCACUGCGUUCUUGCUGCAGAUCCCUAUUUGUGCAAGCCAUCACGCCCUCUCGCUGCUUUGUAAACUAUUUGUGCAUAACAGGCCGGGCACUGUAUCACCACAAUUUAUAGACAGCAAAUAGAACCAUAGACAUCACGUUAAAACGAGACAAUUCUGAAUGAGGGAACAAACAAAU